AUGUCCGACUACCAGCGCGAUGUCUCGCAAUACAAGUACUCGGCCAUGUCGAACUUGGUCCUCCAGGCGGACCGUCGGUUUGUCACAAGACGGACCGACGAGGCCACUGGAGAUCCAGAAUCGCUAGCCGGGCGCUUGUCGAUCAAGGAGAUGGGUGCCCGCGUGGGCCGAGAUGCGGCGCCCAAGACGAAGAAGAAGACCAGCGCCAUGCCGGACGUGGAGCGAGGGAGCGUGCGAGAAGGCGCCGACGUGUUGCGGCACGUGAAGCAGCAAAAGGCCAAGGUCGAUGCGCGGGGCGGUGGCAUUCUCUCCGGCGCGGAUGCUCUGAUCGAAGGUAUUCGGUACCGGCCACGGACCCAACCCACACGGGACGCCUUCAACCUCAUCUUGACGAUCGUCGCGGAACACCUGGGUGAUGUGCCCCACGAGGUUGUGCGGAGUGCCGCGGAUGCGACGCUGGAGUACCUCAAGGACGACGACUUGAAGGAUUUCGACAAGAAGAAGGAGGUCGAUGAUAUUCUGGACGCCUCGCUGAACCCAAAACAGUUCAACGAACUGGUAAAUUUGGGCAAGAAGAUCACGGACUACGACGCCCAGGACGAGGACGAAGAUAUGGAGGAUGUGAAGGGAGCUGGGGAGGACGAGAUCGACGGCCGCCAGGGUGUUGCUGUCAACUUCGAGAACGAAGACGAGGAUGACGGCCUGCUUGAUGUGGUCCGAGACGAGUCUUCAGAAGACGAGGACGGGGACGAAGAUGGUCAGGACCUGCCAGACGUCGAUGAGGUUGCAGAGGGUGGUGAGGCGGGCAAGGACCGGGACGAGGAGGAGGCAGGGUUGGCGGAUGGUGAGGCCAUGGUUAUCGAUGCAGGGGCUUCCAAAAAGUCCAAGUCACAAGAGCAGAAUUCCGUCCCUGCGAGGGACAUUGACGCGUAUUGGCUACAACGCCAAAUCGGCCGUUUAUACCCCGACCCGCACACACAACACGACAAGACACUGGAAGCCCUCCGGAUCCUAUCAGGCGAGCCCGACGAGCCCGAAGGGGAAGAAAAACAACUACGAGAUAUCGAGAACGACCUGAUGGAGCUUUUCGACUACGAGCAUCAUGAGAUUGUGCAACUGGUGAUCGAAAACCGCGAGAAGGUCGUCUGGCUUACCCGAUUAGCAAAGGCCGAGAACAAGGAAGAGCGCGAGACGAUCGAGCGGGAGAUGGCCUCGGAAGGGUUGCGUUGGAUUUUGGACGAGCUGCACGGCAAGGCCAAGGAUGACAAGAAGACCAAGAUGGAGAUCAAGAUGGACAUCGACAAGGGCGGGUUGGAAGACGGGCAGGCUCCCAAACCAGAGCGGUCCGAAGGGCAACUGGUCGGGGGGCUUCAGCCCAAGAAGCUAAUCAAUCUGGAUAACCUCAUCUUCGACCAGGGCAACCACCUGAUGACAAACCCUCGGGUUACGCUACCGGAUGGCACCACGAAGCGGACCUUCAAGGGAUACGAGGAGGUCCACGUACCUCCGCCCAAAAAGCGGAACGACCCGAGCGAUCUGAACGUGCCCGUCUCGGAGAUGCCCGAAUGGGCCCAGCUGCCCUUCAGCACAACCAAGUCCUUGAACAAGAUCCAGUCCAAGUGCUAUCCCAGCGCGUUCCAAGACGACGGGAACAUGCUCAUCUGCGCGCCGACGGGCAGUGGCAAGACCAACGUGGCCAUGCUGACGAUUCUCCGGGAGAUUGGGAAAAACAGGAACGCUCGCGGCGAGAUCGACCUGGAUGCGUUCAAGAUUGUCUACAUCGCCCCGCUGAAGGCGCUCGUCCAAGAGCAGGUCGGGAACUUUGGCAAGAGGCUGGAGCCGUACGGCAUCAAGGUCUCGGAGUUGACGGGUGAUCGCCAGCUCACCAAGGCGCAAAUAGCAGAGACCCAGAUCAUCGUGACAACCCCUGAGAAAUGGGACGUCAUCACGAGAAAGGCCACGGAUAUCUCGUACACCAACCUGGUCCGCCUCAUCAUCAUCGACGAAAUCCACUUGCUCCACGACGACCGUGGGCCGGUGCUGGAGAGCAUCGUGAGCCGGACGAUCCGUCGAACGGAGCAGACGGGCGAGCCGGUGCGCAUCGUCGGCCUGUCCGCGACGUUACCCAACUACCGCGAUGUGGCGAGUUUCCUCCGGGUCGACUUCAACAAGGGCCUCUUCCACUUCGACAGCACGUUCCGUCCAUGCCCUCUGCGCCAAGAGUUCAUUGGCGUGACCGACAAGAAGGCCAUCAAGCAGCUCAAGAUGAUGAACGACAUUACGUACCAAAAGGUGCUCGAGCACGUCGGGCAGCACCGCAACCAGAUGCUGGUGUUUGUACACUCGCGAAAGGAGACGGCCAAGACGGCCCGGUACAUCCGCGACAAGGCGGUUGAAAUGGAAACCAUCAACCAGAUCCUGAAGCAUGACGCGGGCACGCGCGAGGUUCUGAAGGAAGCAGCCGACUCGGUCAACAACACGGACCUUAAGGACAUUCUCCCGUACGGCUUCGGCAUCCAUCAUGCUGGUAUGACGCGCGCCGACAGGAGCGACGUGGAAGAUCUUUUCGCGAGCGGCCACAUCCAGGUGCUGGUGUGCACGGCCACGCUGGCGUGGGGUGUCAACUUGCCGGCGCACACGGUCAUCAUAAAGGGCACACAGGUCUACUCGCCGGAGAAGGGUAGCUGGGUCGAGCUCAGCCCGCAGGAUGUGCUGCAGAUGCUUGGGCGUGCCGGGCGUCCGCAGUUCGACACGUAUGGCGAGGGCAUCAUCAUCACGAACCAGAACGAAAUCCCGUACUACCUGUCACUGCUCAACCAGCAGCUUCCCAUCGAGAGUCAGCUCGCCAGCAAGUUGGUCGACAACCUCAACGCUGAGAUUGUUCUGGGCAACGUCCGCAACCGCGACGAGGGCGUGGAAUGGCUGGGGUAUACCUACCUGUUCGUCCGCAUGCUUCGGUCUCCUGGCUUAUACAGUGUGGGCGCCGAAUACGAGGACGACGAGGCGCUAGAGCAGAAACGGGUCGACCUAGUCCACUCGGCGGCGACGGUGCUGAAGAAGUCCAACCUGGUCAAGUACGACGAGAAGACAGGCAAGCUGCAGUCGACGGAGCUGGGGCGGAUCGCGUCGCACUACUACAUCACGCACGCGUCGAUGGACACAUACAACAAGCUGAUCCAGCCAUCGAUGAACGACGUGGAGCUGUUCCGGGUGUUUGCACAGAGCGGCGAGUUCAAGUACAUACCCGUGCGCCAGGAAGAGAAGCUGGAGCUGGCCAAGAUCCUAGCGCGCGUGCCGAUCCCCGUCAAGGAGAGCAUCGAGGAGCCGACGGCCAAGAUCAACGUGCUGUUGCAGGCGUACAUCUCGCGGCUCAAGCUAGACGGCCUGGCGCUCAUGGCCGACAUGGUCUAUGUCACGCAGUCGGCGGGUCGUAUCCUGCGGGCCAUCUUCGAAAUCACGCUGAAAAAGGGCUGGGCGUCGGUGGCCAAGCUGGCGCUGAACCUGUGCAAGAUGGCUGAGAAGCGCAUGUGGCCGACAAUGUCCCCCCUGCGACAGUUCCCGAGCUGCCCCGUAGAGAUUAUGAAAAAGGCCGAGCGCAUCGAGGUGCCGUUCAGUAGCUACUUCGACCUGGACCCGCCGCGCAUGGGCGAGCUGCUGGGCUUGCCCAAGGCCGGCCGAACGGUGUGCGGGCUGGUGGCCAAGUUCCCGCGCGUCGAGAUCGCGGCCAACGUGCAGCCCAUGACGCGGUCGAUGCUGCGGGUUGAGCUGACGAUUACACCGAACUUUGAGUGGGACGUCGACGUGCACGGCCAGUCGGAGAGUUUUUGGAUCCUGGUGGAGGACUGCGACGGCGAGGAUAUCCUGUUUCACGACCAGUUCAUCCUGCGCAAGGACUAUGCGGAAGCGGAAGCCAACGAGCACGUGGUCGAGUUCACGGUGGCCAUCUCGGAGCCGAUGCCUCCCAACUACUUCAUCUCGGUGGUGUCGGACCGGUGGAUGCACUCCGAGACGCGCAUGGCCGUGUCGUUCCAGAAGCUGAUCCUGCCCGAGCGGUUCCCGCCGCACACGGAGCUGCUCGACCUGCAGCCGCUGCCUGUGUCGGCGCUCAAGGCCAAGGACUACGCCGCGCUGUACCCCGGGUGGAAGCAGUUCAACAAGGUGCAGACGCAGACCUUCAACUCGCUGUUCAGCACCGACAACAAUGUGCUGGUCGCGGCGCCCACGGGCAGCGGCAAGACGGUGUGUGCCGAGUUCGCGUUGCUGCGGCAUUGGGCGAACCCGGAAGCAGACUCUGUCGGCCGGGCGGUGUACAUUGCGCCGUUCCAGGAGUUGGUGGACCAGCGGUUCGCGGACUGGCAGAAGCGAUUCUCGGGACUCCGGGGCGGAAAGGACAUCGUCAAGCUGACGGGCGAGACGGCGAGCGACCUCAAGCUGCUCGAGCAGGGUGACCUGAUCCUCGCGACGCCGCUGCAGUGGGACGUGCUGUCUCGGCAGUGGAAGAAGCGCAAGAACGUGCAGACGGUGGAGCUGUUCAUCGCCGACGAGCUGCACAUGCUCGGCGGGCAGAUGGGGUAUGUGUACGAGAUCAUCGUGUCGCGAAUGCACUACAUCCGCACGCAGACGGAGCUGCCCAUGCGCAUCGUCGGGCUCAGCGUGUCGCUGGCCAACGCGCGCGACAUCGGCGAGUGGAUCGACGCGAAGAAACACGAUAUCUACAACUUCAGCCCGCACGUGCGGCCCGUGCCGCUGGAGCUGCACAUCCAGUCGUACACGAUCCCGCAUUUCCCCUCGCUCAUGCUGGCCAUGGCCAAGCCGACAUAUUUCGCCGUGACGCAGCUGGCUGCCGACCAGCCGGCCAUUGUCUUUGUGCCCAGCCGCAAGCAAACGCGCGCGACGGCCCGCGACCUGCUGACGGCGUGUCUCGCGGAGGAGGAUGGCGACGAAAACCGGUUCCUGCACGUCGACGUCGAGCAGAUCCGCAAGCUGCUAGACCGCGUGCAGGAAGAGGCGCUGGCCGAGGCGCUCUCGCAUGGUGUGGGGUACUACCAUGAGGCACUCAGCGCCAGCGACAAGCGCAUCGUUAAGCACCUGUACAACAAUGGAGCGAUUCAGGUGCUGGUUGCGUCGCGGGAUGUCUGCUGGGAGCUUGAUUGCGCCGCGCAUCUGGUCGUGGUCAUGGGCACGCAGUACUUUGAGGGCCGCGAACACCGCUAUGUGGACUACCCGCUCAGCGAAGUGCUCCAGAUGUUUGGCAAGGCCACCACCACUGGGUCCUCCGGGGCGGGGGCUGGACGCAGCCGUGGCGUGCUGAUGCUGCCGGCGGUCAAGCGGGAGUACUACAAAAAGUUCCUGAACGAGGCGUUGCCCGUGGAGUCGCACCUGCACAACUACCUGCAGGACGCGUUCGUGACGGAGAUCAGCACCAAGAUGAUCGAGUCCGGCGAGGACGCCAUCAACUGGGCGACCUUCACCUACUUCUACCGACGCCUGUUGGCCAACCCCAGCUACUACAGCCUGACGGACCCGACCCACGACGGCUUGAGCCAGUACCUGUCGGACCUGGUGGAGGGCACGCUUAAGGAGCUGGCGGACUCGCGCAUCGUCGAGGUGGACGAAGACGACGGUUCCGUCGCGCCACAGAACGCCGCCAUGAUCGCGGCGUAUUACAACAUCUCGUACAUCACCAUGCAUACCUUCCUGCUGUCGCUGCACCAGCGCAUCAAGCUCAAGGGCAUCUUGGAAAUCGUCACGUCCGCUACGGAAUUCGAGGCCAUCCAGCUGCGCCGGCACGAGGAACCCGUGCUGCGGCGCAUCUACGACAACGUUCCCGUCAAGAUGGGCAGCGAACCCGCGUACGACUCGGCGCACUUCAAGGCGUUUGUGCUGGUGCAGGCGCACUUCUCGCGCAUGAACCUGCCGAUCGACCUGGCGAAAGACCAAGAAGUCAUCCUGACCAAACUACUCAGCCUGCUGAGCGCCAUUGUCGAUAUCCUCUCGUCCGAGGGCCACCUCAACGCCAUGAACGCCAUGGAGAUGUCGCAGAUGGUCGUGCAGGCCAUGUGGGACCGCGACAGUCCGCUCAAGCAGAUCCCGCAUUUCACGCCCGAGGUGGUGAAGGCUGCCAACAGCCACGGCGUGCGGGAUAUUUUUGACUUUAUGGACAAGAUGAACCCGGAGGAGAACAGUCCGCAGGAGUAUGCUGCCCUACUCAAAGAUCUGGGAUUAUCCCAGGCGCAGCUGGCGCAGGCGGCCAAUUUCACAAACACCAAGUACCCGGACAUCUCGCUCGAGUUUGAAGUCGAUAACAGCGACGGCGAACCCAUCCGCGCGGGCGAGCCGGCAUAUCUCAAGAUCCGCAUCGAGCGGGAGGUCGAUGAUGAGGACGAAGAUGACGAGGAAGAAAAAGAAUUCGACGCCACAGUCCACGCCCCCUUCUACCCCGCGCGCAAGACCGAAAACUGGUGGCUCGUCGUCGGCGAGGAGAGUUCGCGCACGCUGCUGGCCAUCAAGCGGGUUACGGUCGGCAGGCGGCCGUUGGCGCUACGGUUGGAGUUUACGGUGCCGACGCCGGGGAAACAUGCGCUCAAGUUGUUCUUGAUGAGUGAUAGCUAUGUUGGGGUGGAUCAGGAGCCGGGGUUUGAGGUGGUUGUUGAGGAGGGGAUGGAUGUGGAUGAGAGUGAGGAGGAGGAUGAGGAGGAGUGA